UCAAUUUACUGUUCCUUUCCUUCUCUUUCCCUUAUAACCCGGUGGAAUUAUUUGCGUGGCGUUUCGUUGGUUGGAUGAGGUCGUCCUGCGACCUACGUAAAUAUGGCUCCUCUUCCCAUCAAGUUCACGGAGCUUAUUAAUUUGACAAAUGCUGAAAUUGCGCCGGCCUCGAUUGGAUUCAACUCAUGUACUCUAGAAUCGGAUCACUACGUUUGCGUCCGGCAAAAACUAAGUGAAGAGGAUAAACCUCAAGUUAUCAUCAUCGACUUAAAGAAUAACAAUGAAGUCCUCAAGCGGCCAAUCAACGCGGAUAGUGCUAUCAUGCACUGGAGCCGAAACAUCAUCGCUCUGAAGGCUCAAGGUCGUACAAUCCAAAUCUUCGAUCUGGGGGCGAAACAGAAGCUUAAGUCCGCGGUGAUGAAUGAGGAUGUUGUUUACUGGAAGUGGUUCAGCGAAAAGAGCCUAGGUCUGGUAACGGAAACGUCCGUUUACCACUGGGAUGUCUUCGACCCUACCCAGUCUCAACCGCUUAAGGUCUUCGACCGACUUCCCAACCUGAGCGGUUGCCAAAUUAUCAACUAUCGCGUUAAUGAUGAGGAGAAAUGGAUGGUAGUAGUUGGAAUCAGCCAACAACAAGGCCGCGUUGUGGGCUCAAUGCAGCUGUACUCCAAGGAGCGCGGGAUUUCGCAAUUCAUCGAAGGACAUGCUGCUGCCUUCGCUUCGAUUCGAGUUGAGGGUUCUCCUCUGGAACAUAAACUCUUUACCUUUGCCGUUCGGACCCAGACUGGCGCCAAGUUACAGAUCGCUGAAAUCGACCAUCAAGAGCCAAACCCCCGAUUCCAGAAGAAGGCCGUUGAGGUGUACUUCCCCCAGGAGGCCGUAAAUGACUUCCCGGUGGCGAUGCAAGUAUCUCGGAAGUACGACAUCGUGUAUCUCGUCACGAAGUAUGGCUUCAUUCAUCUCUACGACCUCGAAACUGGUACCUGCAUCUUCAUGAACCGAAUCUCCAGCGAGACUAUCUUCACUACUGCACCCGACUCAGAUUCUGCUGGCUUGGUUGGCGUGAACCGUAAGGGUCAAGUCCUCUCCGUCAGCGUUGAUGAGAAUAGUGUCGUCCAGUACUUGAUGGAGAACCCUGCUAUGUCUGCGCUUGCAGUGAGGCUUGCAUCUAAGGCUGGACUUCCCGGUGCGGAUCACCUGUAUCAGCAACAGUUUGACAACCUUAUUACCCAGGGCAAUUACUCCGAGGCUGCUAAGAUUGCUGCGAACUCCCCCCGUGGGUUCCUCCGCACUCCAGAAACCAUCAAUCGUUUUAAGAAUGCUCCUCAAACUGGGCAGCAAAUGUCUGUUAUCCUCCAAUAUUUUGGGAUGCUGUUGGACAAGGGAUCUCUGAACAAGUACGAGAGUGUUGAGCUCGUUCGUCCCGUCCUGCAGCAAAACCGGAAGCACCUCCUUGAGAAGUGGAUGCGCGAGGAAAAGCUGGAGGGCUCCGAGGAGCUGGGAGAUAUUAUUCGUCCCUAUGACAUGACUCUCGCUCUGCAAGUCUACUUGCAAGCUAAUGUUCCUCACAAGGUUAUUGCUGGCUUUGCUGAAACCGGGCAAUUCGAUAAGAUCCUCGCAUACUCCAAACAGGUUGGAUACCAGCCUGAUUACACGCAGCUUUUGCAGCAUAUUGUUCGUGUGAACCCCGAGAAGGGUGCCGAGUUUGCUGCUCAGCUUGCCAACGAGGAGUCUGGCGCACUUAUCGAUUUGGACAGGGUUGUGGAUGUGUUCCUGUCUCAGAACAUGAUUCAGCAGGCGACUUCUUUCCUUCUGGAUGCUCUUAAGGAUAACAAGCCCGAGCAUGGCCAUCUGCAGACACGUUUACUUGAGAUGAACCUGGUCAACGCCCCACAAGUUGCCGAUGCUAUCCUUGGAAAUGAAAUUUUUACUCACUACGAUCGCCCCAGAAUUUCCCAGUUGUGUGAGAAUGCCGGCCUCAUUCAACGAGCCUUGGAGAACACAGACGAUCCUGCGGCCAUCAAGCGUAACAUCGUCCGUACUGACAAGUUGAGCCCUGAAUGGCUGAUGACCUACUUUGGCCGACUUUCCGUGGGACAGACUCUCGAUUGCCUAGAUACGAUGUUGCAGGUGAACAUUCGUCAGAACCUGCAAGCCGUCGUUCAGAUCGCCACCAAGUUUUCCGACCUCUUGGGUCCCAAUCAACUCAUCAGUCUUCUUGAAAAGUACCGCACUGCCGAAGGUCUCUACUAUUACCUUGGAAGUAUCGUCAACCUUAGUGAAGACUCUGAGGUUCACUUCAAAUAUAUUGAAGCUGCUACUGCUAUGAGCCAGAUCACUGAGGUGGAGCGCAUCUGCCGUGAAAGCAACUACUACAACCCCGAGAAGGUGAAGAAUUUCCUGAAGGAGGCCAAGUUGACGGAACAGCUCCCAUUGAUCAUUGUGUGCGACCGCUUCAACUUCAUCCAUGAUCUCGUUCUUUAUCUCUAUCAGAAUCAACAGUUCAAGUCCAUUGAGGUCUAUGUACAGCGUGUCAAUCCAUCUCGUGCUCCGGCAGUGGUUGGAGGGUUGCUGGACGUUGAUUGUGAUGAGGCCAUCAUCAAGAAUCUUCUCUCUACCGUCGAUCCUGCCGUCAUCCCGAUUGACGAACUUGUCAAUGAGGUGGAGACUCGGAAUAGGCUGAAGCUGCUCCUGCCCUUCCUGGAGGCUACACUCGCAACCGGCAACCAGCAACAGGCUGUGUACAACGCUCUUGCAAAGAUCUACAUCGACAGCAAUAACGACCCCGAGAAGUUCCUCAAGGAGAACGAUAUGUACGACACUCUGAUUGUCGGUAAGUACUGUGAGAAGCGGGAUCCAAACCUGGCCUAUAUCGCGUAUAGGAAGGGCCAGAACGACUUGGAACUCAUCAGCAUCACCAACGAGAACUCUAUGUAUCGCGCCCAGGGACGCUAUCUCGUUGAACGGGCUGAUCCAGAAAUCUGGUCUUUCGUUUUGAGCGAAAACAACAUUCACCGCCGACCUCUUGUUGACCAAGUCAUUGCAACCGCCGUGCCUGAAUCAACGGAGCCGGACAAGGUGUCCGUUGCUGUUAAAGCCUUCCUCGAAGCAGACCUUCCUGGCGAGCUUAUCGAGCUACUGGAGAAGAUCAUUCUGGAGCCAUCUCCUUUCAGCGACAAUGGCAGCCUACAAAACCUGCUGAUGCUCACCGCUGCCAAGGCUGACAAGGGCCGUCUGAUGGACUAUAUCCACCAGCUCAACGAAUUCAGCCCUGAUGAGAUUGCUGAAAUGUGUAUCUCGGUUGGCUUGUACGAGGAAGCAUUCGAGAUCUACAAGAAAGUCAACAACUACAUUGCCGCUGUCAAUGUCCUUGUUGAGAACAUUGUCAGCAUUGACCGGGCCCAAGAGUUCGCUGAGCGUAUUGAAUUACCCGACGUAUGGAGCAAGGUCGCCAAGGCCCAGCUAGAUGGUCUUCGUGUGUCCGACUCCAUCGAGUCGUAUAUUCGUGCUGGCGACCCCUCAAACUACCUUGAAGUCAUUGAAACAGCUACCCACGCUGGAAAGGAUGAGGACCUUGUUAAGUACCUCAAGAUGGCACGCAAGACCCUCCGGGAGCCUCCAAUUGACACAGGUCUCGCAUUCGCCUACGCCCGUCUUGAUCAGCUCUCGGAACUCGAGGACUUCCUGCGGUCGACCAACGUCGCGGAUAUUGAGUCAUCUGGUGACAAGGCUUACGAAGAAGGCUACCACGAAGCCGCUAAGAUCUUCUACACCAGCAUCUCGAACUGGGCCAAAUUGGCUACAACCCUGGUGCACUUGGAAGAUUACCAAGCUGCGGUAGAGUGUGCUCGCAAGGCCAACAGCGUCAAGGUAUGGAAGCAGGUCAACGAAGCAUGCGUCAACAAGAAGGAAUUCCGUCUUGCUCAGAUAUGCGGUCUUAACCUCAUCGUCCAUGCGGAGGAGCUGCAAGACCUCGUCCGUCAAUACGAACGUAAUGGCUACUUUGACGAACUUAUCGCUGUUCUCGAGGCCGGAUUGGGUUUGGAGAGGGCUCACAUGGGUAUGUUCACCGAGUUGGGUAUUGCGCUCUCUAAGUACCAUCCUGAUCGGGUCAUGGAGCACCUUAAGCUCUUCUGGUCCCGUAUCAACAUCCCCAAGAUGAUUCGGGCUUGCGAGGAUGCCAGUCUCUGGCCGGAGUUGGUGUUCCUCUACUGCCAUUAUGAUGAGUGGGACAAUGCCGCGUUGGCGAUGAUGGAGCGUGCUGCCGACGCAUGGGAGCAUCACUCAUUCAAGGAUAUUGUCGUCAAGGUUGCCAACCUUGAGAUCUAUUACCGUGCACUCAAUUUCUACCUUCAAGAGCAGCCACUGCUCCUCACCGAUCUGCUCCAGGUCUUGACCCCCAGAAUUGACGUCAAUCGUGUUGUGCGCAUCUUCCAGUCGUCGGAUAACAUCCCCUUGAUCAAGCCGUUCCUGCUGAAUGUCCAGACCCAAAACAAGAGAGCCGUGAACGAUGCCAUCAACGACCUGUUGAUCGAGGAGGAGGACUACAAGACCCUGCGUGACUCGGUGGAUAACUACGACAACUUCGACGCCGUGGAUCUGGCUCAGCGCCUGGAGAAGCACGAACUGAUCUUCUUCCGCCAAAUCGCUGCGAACAUUUACCGCAACAACAAACGCUGGGAAAAGUCGAUCACCCUCUCCAAACAGGACAAGCUCUACAAGGAUGCUAUUGAGACGGCGGCGCUCUCAGGCAAGGCCGAUGUGGUGGAAGAACUCCUUCGCUACUUUGUGGAUAUUGGCAGCCGGGAAUGCUACGUUGGUAUGCUGUAUGCCUGCUACGAUCUCAUCCGUCCCGAUGUAAUCAUGGAGAUCUCGUGGCGCCACGGCCUUGGCGAUUUCACCAUGCCCUACAUGAUUAACUUCCUGUGCGAGCAGACGCGCACGAUCGAGAUGCUCAAGAAGGACAACGAGGAGCGCAAGAAGAGGGAAGUGACACAGCGGACUGAAGAGGACAACACACCGAUUCUGGGUGGUUCGCGGCUGAUGUUGACCCAGGGCCCAUCGGCGCCUGUGCCAAGCCCUAUGCCUUACCAACAGACCAACGGGAUCACGCCGCAGGCCACCGGCUUCCGCCCGUUCUAGACACGUACGCUUCUUA